AUGCGGGUGCUGGGAGAGGAUGCAGGGAGUCGGGGAGAGGCUGCAGGGGAACUGGAAGCGUAUUCAGAUGCCUUUAUUUUUUUCUCUUGCUUUUGUCAGGAGAAACUGUGUUCUCAGAAAGCAUCACUGAAGGUAUUUUUAACUUGUGGGCCUGGGGCAGCCUGUGCCUUGACUUCACUUUUAUUUCCAAGAAGCACAAUGAUUUACUGUUCCCAUGAGCAGUCUCCCUACCAGGUUCUCUAUGGAGAACCACACAUCUUUAAGGAAAUCCUGGUUUUGCAGUUCCACAUCUCCCCAGAUGUCUUCUUCCAGAUCAACACAGUUGGGGCUGAUAUUCUCUACCAGACAGUCAGGGAGUUAAGUCAGCCUGAUGAAAACACCAUCCUUCAUGAUGUCUGUUGUGAAACUAGUGAUGUGAUUGGUCUUUCUCUUGUUCGCCAAGUAUCCAGGGUCCUUGGUACUGAGAUAGUGGAGAAGGCUGUAGAGGAUGCCAGAUGGAAUGCAGUAUUGAAUGGAAUCGCAAAUCAUAAGUUUCACAGUGGAAAGGCAGAGACAGUGCUACCACAGAUCCUGAUGUCAUGGGAUGAUGCCUAGUCCCUUCUUGCUGUGGUGAACCCCUCCUGGGCUGGAUUCCAUUACAGUGUAGUGAGGGCCGUUCAAAACUGUGAGGCCAUCCAGACACUGAUCUAUGUCUCCUGCAAGCCAGAUGGAGAAGUCAUGAAGAACUUCCUUGAGUUUUGCUGUCCACUGAAUGCUGAAAAGAAGUUGGUAGGAAAGCCAUUUGCCCCUCCGUUGGCUGUACCAGUUGGCAUGUUUCCUCAUAUCAAAGACUGUGAGGUGGUACUGCUCCUCUCCCACUGA